AAAGAAAACCGGAAAUGCCCUCAAAUACAUACCACAAACAUCACUUUAUAUUCAGGGCGUCUUUUAAACGGAUACAACUCAAAACGUUUAAAAAUAGUUUAUUACAAAUUAGCCUGUAAUUAGUUAACUUUUGGUAGACUUGAACAAUUACCGUACAAAACCGAGCUCGGCGUCCUCCUGUUGACUCGUCAGCGCCCCCUGCGUUUACUCCUCGGCGCGCACCGCAGGCACAGGUUGCGGGGGGCGGAGUCAAACAGCUGGACACACUGGAGUGUCUCGUGGCGGCGACCAUGCAGGUCGGGCUACACGUUGAAGGAACACUAGCGUACCUCUUUCUUCCUUCACGUCUAACGGGGUUUCAGUAGGUGCGGUGGCAAAACAGCCAGGAAAAGACACAAAACUGCACAAUUUGCGUCCCUUUUUGUCUCCUUUUUUUAAAUCGCUUGGCUACCAGAGGAGGAAAGCAAGGGCGCAAAAGAAUCUGAAGGAAACUUGCUAGCAAACGGCAGAAGUCCCACCAGUGUGUGUGUUCGGGGGGGAAAAUGAGUCAUUUGGCGGCCGUGCAGAUGUCAGCCCCACACAGUUAAAUGUUACAACUACUUGAGCACAUCUUGCUUGGAUGGUCGAAGAGGAAAAAGAGGAAAGAGGGUUCACCAAGGUGCCUGAAAUGUCUCUGUGGGUGAUCCUGCCUGUUAGCCUCCCAGCAUUGACCAUCACUGGGAUCUGGGUUGUGUAUGCCAUGGCCCUGUACAACCAGCAUGUCUGCCCUGUGGAUAACUGGUUGUACAACCAGUCGUGUGAAGAGGAACUGUAUUUGCAGAGUGGGCCAACGUUGUGCUGCACGCUUGACAACAUACCUCUCAUCAGUAAAUGUGGGACACUUCCGCCCGAGAGCUGCUUCUUCAGCCUCAUCUGCAGCACAGGCUCAUUCAUGGUCAUGGUGAUCGUGCUGUUCCGCUAUGCCCACGUCAUCGAGAAACACCAAAACUGUGUCCUCAACACGGCGAGUCUCUCCACAGGCUGGAUCUGUGGCGCUGGGCUUAUUAUGGUGGGCAACUUCCAGGUGGACAAUGCCAAAGUUCUCCACUAUGUCGGAGCGGGCAUCGCCUUCCCCACCAGUAUGCUGUUUGUGUGCCUGCAGUCGGCGCUGACUUAUCGCCUGGCCAAGACCCAGGGGGAGUACAACGUGGCCCACCUCCGGCUCUGCAUGACCCUACUUGCCUUCGUUGCCUUGGUGCUCAGCGGCGUGUUUUUCUGUCAGGAGAGCUAUGUCCUGCAGCACGCCUCCGCCAUCUUCGAAUGGGUCUUCUGCGUCAUCAUCAUGCUCUUCUACGGCACGUUCGCCUUCGAGUUUGCCGGCAUGUCAGGCGCCACCAUGGUGGUGCUGGCCAGAGGAGGAGGAGGCUCCCUGGGGCGGGAACACAAGGUGGACGCACUGGGAACACUGGGAGGUCCGAGCCCACACUCGCAACCGCACUCACACCCCACGGAAAAUAUGUCCAUACUCUAGCUGGCCGCGCUGGCUCGGUCACACCGGCCACACACACACACACACACACACACACACA